ACGGACGGUUGGUUAGAUAGUAUUUGGUGGCCGUUUGCCGCGCCUCGUGGGCAAAAUGGUUGGAUUCUGAGCUGGGGGCCCACCCGCAGAUCCCCAUUAGUUGCGUCUCGAUGAUGGCCGCCUUUACACAGUCACUAUCGAGAGCUGCAGGUUGGGUACGCAGCAAUCCUCCGCCCAAUGCCUUCUAACCGUUCCUGCCGUAGCAGCCUGACGGAUGAGAGGUGAGUCGGUGAAUGCAAGAGUGGUUCGCACGCCAUCUUCCUCUUGUGCGUGUGUAUAUAUAUAGGAGCGUGUGGCAGUCACUGACUCGUACCACACGGCAACUCCCUUACGUACAUACAUACACAGCAGCGGCGCAGCUGUCGAGGCCAUCAGCCGGCAACAAUGGACCAAAGCUGCGCAGCUGAAUCGGCGAGCAAGAUCCGUGAGAUCCGCAGAGAGCAGAGAGCUGAUGGCCCGGCUGCCAUCAUGGCCAUCGGAACCGCUAAUCCUCCCAACGUCAUCGACCAGGUCAACUUCGCCGACUUCUACUUCAGGAUGACGAACAGCGAAGACAAACAGGAGCUCAAAGAGAAGUUUAAGCUCAUCUGCGAUCGCACGACGGUGAAGAAUCGGUACGCCCACCUGACCGAGGAAAUCGUGGAACAGAACCCCAACCUGCGCAACCCCACGGUGCCAUCCCUCGAGACUCGCCUGCGCAUCAUGAUCGAGGCGGUACCCAAUUUGGGGAAGGAAGCAGCCGCCAAAGCGCUCAAGGAAUGGGGCCAGCCCAAGUCCAUGAUCACCCACCUCGUCUUCUGUUCCGGCGCUGGCGUCGACAUGCCCGGCGCGGACUACCAGCUCGUCAAGCUCCUCGGGCUCUCGCCCUCCGUCAAGCGGGUCAUGCUGUACCACCUCGGCUGCUACGGCGGCGGCACCGUGCUCCGCGUCGCCAAGGACCUCGCGGAGAACAACAGAGGCGCCCGUGUGUUGGUGGUCAACGUCGAGAUCACCACCGUGAGCGCUUUCCGAGCCCCGGACGAGGCCCACCUCGAUAGCCUCGUCGGCCAAGCUCUCUUCGGCGAUGGCGCGGCAGCGUUGAUCGUGGGGGCCGACCCGAUCCAGGGCGUCGAGAAACCGAUCUUCGAGAUGGCAAUAGCGGCACAGACGCUGCUGCCGGAGAGCGAAGGCAAGAUAGGAGGGCAGCUCAAGGAAUCGGGCCUCGCCAUCCACCUGCACCGGGACGUCCCCAAGAUCAUCUCCAAGAACAUCGAGGACGCCCUAAUGGACGCGUUCAAACAGUUGGGCAUCUCGGACUGGAACUCCUUGUUCUGGGUGGCGCACCCCGGCGGUCCGGCCAUCCUCAACCACGUGGAGACGAAGCUGAAGCUGGAGCCGAAGAAGCUGCAGGUGACGAGGCGCGUGCUGCGAGAGUUCGGGAACAUGUCGAGCGCCACCGUGUUCUUCGUGCUGGACGAGAUGAGGAAGCAGUCAGCGACGGAGGGGUGGGCGACGACCGGCCAGGGGCUGGAGUGGGGAGUGCUCUGCGGACUCGGACCGGGCAUCACCGUGGAGACUGUGGUGCUCCGCAGCGUGCCUCUGUGACACCUCCUUCCUACCCCGGCGCUGUGGUACGACUACACACAUGAUAUGACGUGAUGCAUGGGUAUUAUUCUCGUCUAAGUUUUUAUGGUCAAAGAAUAAAGGUCCACUUUGCGGGCCUCGUGGUCCCCUUAGCAGAAGUUACUGCGAAGGCCGUAUUGUCCUGUGUACUAUGUCACAUCGCCCACAAGAUUAUAUUAUUCGCCUGUACUGAAUAUUAAGGUUGUCAUUGUUUA